AUGGCGACACCGAACCCCGUCCAAAAUAUGCCCAUCCCACCAGAAGAGCGCCUCGCUCUCGAACAACAAGCCCGAUACCAGCGCAUAACACGUAACCUAGCCAUCGGCGGCCUCGUAAUAUGCGUCGGCUUCUACCUCUCUGCCGAUCAUCUCAUCACACUCCGAACAGGCCGCGGCCUCGUACAAAACCUCAGUCCAAUGCGAACCAUGGACCUACCGACCGAACGCGCAAAGGAGAUGCAGAAGAUAUUGCAAGAGGAAAGGGAAAAGAGUCGGAGGACACUGGAGCGGAAGGAAGGGCAAGAAAAGGGUAUACUUGGGAAGCUGUGGAUGGGUGAUGAGGAGGAGGGUUGGAAGGAGCGCCGAUUGGAGGAAGAAAAGAAGGCGAUCGAAGAGGGAAAGAGUUAUGGUGAUAUGAUAUUUGAACAGAUUUGGGAGGUUUGGAAUUGGGACAAGAAGAAGGGAAAGGACGGUGAGAGCAAGAAGGAGUGA